CACCCAGGGAGGGAGAGCCAUCUGCCUGCUUUGCUGCUGCUGCUUGGCCAACAUCUCUGCUCUCUCCUUCUUGGGCUCCUGCUCUGCACGUGGGCACCUCGCAGGACCAGGCUCCAGGAAUCUCCCAGAUGUGUCUGGACCGGCGGAAAGGGGAGGGGGAUGUCUGCCAGGGCACUUUUCACAUUUCCCGGGGACUCUUCCCCCCCCCCUCCACGUGGUCGAGGUCGAUCGACAUUAGAGUGGCGCAGCGGUUACGCACCAGCCCCUCGAUUUUUGCCCGCCGCCGGCCCGCCUCUGAGUCCCCCAGUCCCUCCCCGCACAGACUCACAUCCACCCGCUUCGCUCUCUCACUAACUCUCCUCCCGAAAUGUUUUAUUGAACAUGCUGUACCGGAAGGAGAAGCCAUAUUCCCCAGCCUUGAGCCGCCGCCACCGUUACCAUCCAGGCUGCCGUGCGCCCCAACCCCCGGAUCUCGGGGGUGGCUGGAGGAGAGCACAGGAGGGGGUGUAGGGGGAGCUGGCAACCCCGUGCGGUGGGGGGCGCCCUGGGACGAAGCCCUGUUGCAUGCCGGGCGCCGGCUGCAUAAAGAGCCGACGGUAAAGAGGAGCCGCAGCAGAGGCAGAAGCGGACCUCCCAGCGCCGCUAUCGCACGCUCGCUCCCCGAUUCGGCAGCCGAGGUUGGACCCGGCCUCCUGCCUGCGAGAGACCGGCUACAGAGAGCAGGGAUGCGGCUUCUUCGGGCCCGGUGGCGUGGCUGCGGCUGCAGGAGGGAGCGGACAUGCCCGUAG